AGAGUGUGUGUGUGUGUGUGUGUGUGUGUGUGUGUGUGUGUGUGUGUGUGUGUGUGUGUGUGUGUGUGUGUGAACAGCAUGGCCAACAUCGCGGUCCAGCGGAUCAAACGGGAGUUUAAAGAGGUCCUUAAAAGCGAAGAGACGAGUAAAAACCAGAUCAAGGUGGAUUUAGUGGAUGAGAACUUCACAGAACUAAAGGGAGAGAUCGCAGGACCUCCAGACACGCCUUAUGAAGGUGGCAGAUAUCAGCUAGAAAUUAAAAUCCCAGAGACAUAUCCAUUUAAUCCGCCAAAGGUUCGGUUUAUAACGAAGAUCUGGCAUCCCAACAUCAGCUCAGUAACAGGCGCCAUUUGUUUGGACAUCCUGAAGGACCAGUGGGCGGCGGCGAUGACCCUCCGAACAGUCUUACUGUCUCUACAGGCUCUUCUGGCCGCCGCUGAGCCAGAUGACCCACAGGACGCUGUAGUUGCCAAUCAGUAUAAACAGAACCCAGAGAUGUUCAAACAGACGGCUGGACUCUGGUCACAUGUUUACGCAGGAGCUCCCGUCUCCAGCCCAGACUACACACGCAAAAUAGACAAACUCUGCGCUAUGGGCUUUGAUAAAAACGCAGUGAUAGCGGCGUUGUCCUCGAAAUCCUGGGACGUGGAGACGGCGACAGAACUGUUGCUUAGUAAUUGAGUCCAACCUGAGGGGCCAAAGCACCUUAUCUGACACAAUCCCACCCUCAAAUCUCCUCCUCAGUCCACACUACCUUCAUCUCUAUGAAUCUCUUUUCCUUUAUACAUCUUUUACCAUUCCUCUGUUCAGAACAGUUCAUCCCAAACUGAAAUACCGUCAUCUUUAUGUUGUUCUAAACUUGUGUGACUUUAUUUCUUCCACGGGAGACGCUGCUCUGUAUCUGUAGAAAGUACGUUGGCUGGUGAUUGGGCAGUAAAACCUCCACCCGUUUCCUUGUAUAAUGCAGAUUGGUAUGGUAGCUUGCUGGAAAAAAAAAAUUCUGACUUUGUUUUUCACAGUUCUAUAAACAAAAGUCAGAACUGCGAGAUGUAAACUCAGAAUUAUUUUUUCCACCUUGCAAUUCUAAGUUUAUAUCUCACAAUUCCUCUAAAUUGAGUUCCAUUUUGAGUUGUAUCUCAUAAUUCUGAGUUUAUAUUUCGUAAUUCUGGGUUUGUAUCUCAUAAUUCAGAGUUAAUAUCUAAUAGUUCUGAGUUUAUAUCGCAUAAUUCUGAGUUGAUAUUUCAUAAUUUAGAGUUUGUCAUGAUUGUUUGUCUCAAAAAUCUGAGUUUGUCUCAUAAUUCUGAAUUUAUAUUUCAUAAUUAUGAGUUUGUAUGAGUUUGUAACUCCUAAUUCAGAGUUUAUAUCUCACAGUUCUGAGUAUAUAUUUCAUAAUUCUGAGUUUGUCUCAAAAUUCUGAAAUUGCAUCUCAUAAUUCAGAGUUUAUAUCUCAUUGUUCUGAGUUUAUAUCGCAAAAUUCCAGGUUUUUGUCUCAUAAUUCAGAAUUUAUAUUUCGUAAUUAUGAGUUUGUGUCAAAAUUCUGAGUUUGUAACUCAUAAUUCAGAGUUUAUAUCUCAUAGUUCUGAGUUUAUAUUGCAUAAUUCUGAGUUUGUCUAAAAAUUCUGGGGUUUUAUCUCGUAAUUCUGAGUUUAUGUUUCAUAAUUCAGAGUUUAUAUCUCAAAAUUCAGAGUUUGUCAUGAUUGUUUGUCUCAAAAAUCUGAGUUUGUCUCAUAAUUCUGAGUUUAAAUUUCAUAAUUCUGAGUUUGUCAUAAUUCUUUGUCUUAAAAUUCUUAGUUUGUAUCUCAAUUCUGAGUUUGUCUCAUAACUCUGAGCUUAUAUCUCAUAAUUCUGACUCAGAACUGUGUGAUAUAAACUCAGAACUGUGAGGAAAAAGGUGAGAAUUGUGAAGAGAGAAAAAAAAAUCACAAUUACCUUAAUUUUUUAUUUCAUGGCAGAAAUGGGCUUCCAUAGGUUUGGAACAACAUGAGAGAGGGAAAAAUUAACAUUUUCAUUCAUUUUUGGGUAAACUGACCAUUUUUUUCCCUUUAUAAAUCUUGCUCUCUUUUCUUUCGUUUACUUAUUUUGGUUUGGAUGUGCCUUUUUUCUUUCCCUCUCAUAAUAAUAAUAAUCAUCAUCAUCAUCUCCGUCAGAUUGGUUCUGUAAUCUGACUCUAGCCCCGCCCCCUCAUGCAAACGCCCAAUCAGCACUGCGGUCAUUCUCCCUCCUGCACAAUCAUUGGCCCUUUUAUCUGGAUUAAAAACAUUUGGAUUGCAUUUUCAAAACUCCAGUGUCAAACAGAAUCACAAUGGUUCCUUCACUCAUAGAUGCUAAUCUCAAACAGUCAAGACUGGAAGAAAGCCACACAGAGGAGAGUUCAUCUGUAAAUAAAGCUAUUAAAGUCUGUAUAAAUUUAAGCAAUGUGGCAAUGCCUUUAUUUAUUAUUGCUUUGUGGAAUAGUGAAAUAAACACCAGUUUCAUGGCUGAGCA